ACUUGCGAACCCAAAAGAUAAAGCAAAAACAUGCCCUCAUCUUCUAAAAUACCCUUAUAUUCCUUACGCUAAAAGUGAUUCCUUCAUAUCUCUAAACGUCCAUAAUCAUCUCGAAGAUGGUAAAGCUGGCAGAAAAGAUUAACAUGCUGAUCAAGAAAGGGGUUUCGGAUCUUGAUUGGCGUCUUCUUUUCUUGAUAAUCGUUCCUCUUUCCAUUCUUCUUUUUAUUGCUCUAUCAUCUACACCCUCCAUCCAUUAUUUUUUCCCGCUCCGGUCUUUUCUCUUCACCACUCCAUCUCCCGACGUAACUGGUAUGUUGCGCCAGUCGAGGAUGGCGGUGUGCUUGGUGGGUGGAGCCAGGAGGUUCGAGCUCACUGGACCCUCCAUCAUGGAGAGGGUUAUUAAAGAGUAUCCUAAUGCUGACCUUUUUUUGCACAGUCCCAUGGACAAGAAUGCCUUCAAAUUAUCGCUUCUUAGAACUGCACCAAGGCUGGCUUCGGUGCGAAUAUUUGAUCAGAAAAUUGUGCCGCAGACGGCGGAGCAAGUUCGAGUCCUGACGGCCGCCAACUCCCCUAAUGGUAUCCAGGGACUUCUACAGUAUUUUAAUUUGGUUGAGGGAUGCCUGACAAUGAUUGUUUCACACCAAAAACAACACAACUUCACCUAUGAUUGGAUCGUCCGCACCAGAGUAGACGGUUACUGGAAUGCGCCCUUGAAUCCCCAACACUUCGUUGCCGGCCGAUACACCGUCCCUUCAGGAUCUGUCUACGGUGGCCUUAAUGACCGACUUGGCAUCGGCGACUUUUACACUUCCAAAGCUGCCCUCUCCCGACUUUCUCUCAUCCCCAAACUUGACUCAGCCGGGUACAGGCGUCUCAACUCAGAAUCAGCUUUCAAAGCACAACUCACCACCCAAAACAUAUCCUACGUAGAGAAUAGAUUACCCUUCUGCGUCGUGACGGAUCGGAGGUACCGAUUCCCGCCUUCCCAUAUGGGAGUUCCGGUGGCGGCGUUAUCGAGUCCGGGUCCACUGAGUGGGGCCAAAUGUAGGCCCUGCACUCCUGUGUGUAAAGGGCGUUGCGUUGUCGAUGUGAUGUCGUCGCUUGACAAGAGAUGGAGCUGGACCAACUGGCGUAACGGGACAAUUGAGCUAUGCGAUGCUCAUGGUGGGUGGGAGGAUCGAUGGGAGAUGAUCUUCGAUAGAGUUGCCGGUAAAAAACUGGCUGAGGGGAGGCGGCAAGUAAAGGAUCUGAUGUUUGAGGAAUGUGUUGCUGAUUUUAGAGAAAUGAAGAAAAAGGCUGUCAACUGGGAGGCACCUACGCCUGAGGAGAUCUGUGGACUGGGGUUGAAAAUCACACCAAAAUGAUCCUUUAAAGUUAAUAUUAUAUAUACACACACACACUUAGUGUAGGGUAUAUUUCAGAGUUGUUAGGUUGUAAAUUUCUAAAUCUAGAAUCAGCAUUUUGUAAAGGAACUUGCAUUGGCAGAAUCAGCGAUUAAGUUUUGGAAGCUUAUCUAGAAAUUUAAAGAUUUGAAGGGUUUAAGAGGCCUAA